GGAAGCGCCGUGGAGCGAGGCGGGAGCAUGUCGGCCCUCGGGGCGCUGGACCCCGGCAGGGGGGAGGCCUCCGCCUCCGCCUCCAGGCUGUUCCGCCCGCUCAACGCCGAGGACGAGGAGCAGCUGCCGGCCGAGAUCGAGUCCCUCUGCAUGGCCUGUUACCGCCAAGGAGUGACUCGGCUGCUGCUGACCAGGAUCCCGUUCUUCAAGGAGAUCAUUGUCAGCUCCUUCACCUGCAGCAGCUGCAGCUGGGCAAACUCUGAGAUCCAGUCGGCUGGCCGGAUCCAGGACCAAGGAGUGUGCUUCACGCUGGCCGUGCGGAACAAGCAGGAUAUGAAUAGGGAAGUGGUGAAGACUGACUGUGCCACAGCUAGAGUCCCUGAGCUAGACUUUGAAAUCCCUGCUUUUUCUCAGAAGGGAGCUCUUACCACCCUGGAAGGGUUAAUUGGCAGAGCCAUAGCCGGACUGGAGCAGGACCAGCCAGGCCGCAGGGAAACUGACAGAGACGUGGCAGGAAAGAUAGAUGUGUUCAUUUCCAAGCUGAAGCGCCUGAAAGAAGUGGAUUCUGCCUUCACCUUCGUCCUGGAUGACCCCUCAGGUAACAGCUUUGUGGAGAACCCUCAUGCCCCGCGGAGAGAUGAAGCCUUGGUGGUCACCCAUUACAGGAGAACGGCUCACCAGGCCGCUAUGCUCGGAAUAGAGGCCGAGGAGUCCAAGGAGAACUCGACUGACUCUGUUGACGAUCUGAGGAAUGAGGUGCUGCAGUUCAGCACAAACUGUCCCGAAUGCAAUGCUCCAGCCAGUACAAACAUGAAGGUGGUGCAGAUUCCCCAUUUCAAAGAAGUGAUUAUCAUGGCCACGAACUGCGAUGCCUGUGGGCACAGAACAAACGAGGUUAAAUCUGGAGGGGCCAUAGAGCCUUUGGGGACCAAGAUCACCCUGCGUGUGACGGACCCCUCGGACAUGACCAGAGACGUCCUCAAGUCUGAAACCUGCAGGGUGGAGAUUCCAGAGCUGGAGUUUGAACUGGGGAUGGGAGCACUGGGUGGAAAAUUCACAACUCUGGAAGGAUUGCUGAAGGAUAUCCAGAGUCUGGUGGCAAGGAACCCCUUCACGCUGGGAGACAGCUCUACCCCUGACAGAGCCGGAAAACUCCACGCGUUUGGCAGGAAACUACAGCGGAUCAUGGACGGGCAGCUGAGGGUGCAUCUUGUCCUGGAUGACCCUGCAGGGAACAGUUACCUCCAGAACGCGUACGCCCCUGAGGAAGACCCAGAGAUGCGAGUGGAGCGCUACGAGCGGCUGUUUGAGCAGAACGAGGAGCUAGGCCUCAACGACAUGAAGACGGAAGGCUACGAGGCAGACGUCCCCUCCAGCCGGUAGCAGGGCCGGGGGAAGGCCAAGCCGGCGUCGCAGGCACCGCACCGAGAGAGCGCAGAACUGUCCCAGCCCCAGGGCAAUGGCUUGCUUGUGGCAGGCAAGAUUGAGCUUGGCCCACGGGAGGCUCCCAGCACGGCCUGGCUCACCUAUUAAAGCUGAAGCAAAGCUUACUUGGAGACUGAUUUCAUGUUUAGGGAGGGGAGGGGAGGGGGGAGUGAGUCCUGUUUUGUACAGACAAUGUAAGUGAUCCUGAGCUUACCCGUCCCCCCACCUUCUCUCCUCCUCAGCCCUAUCGCCUUCCUGGUGUGUAGGCUUUCAGGUUGUUCAGCACUUGUUGCGUAUCAGGUGCUGCUUGGUGCAUGCACGGUGGCUUGUAUUUCUAUGGAAGGCUGCAGCAUUGACAGCCUAGCCCCCCCUCCACUUUCCCCCCUUCCUCUGCGGGUGUUUUGUUUCCUUCUGUUUUCUCUGGAGCAAUAAAAAUUGGAGUGUUGUAAUAGU